AGUUUGCUUUUGACUACUAAUAAUUUAAUCGGUACCCAUAGGAGUUGUUACGAACUGUACAGUGAUAAUGCUUUUCGGGUCUCGGGUUCUAAGCCAAGUGAUAUUUUGGUGCUGAUGGUAAAACAAAAGUGCGCUAUAAAAGGAGUAGAUACUUUAAACCACACGGAGCUUUGGAGUUCUGAACUAGUAAUUAAAGCGAUUCCAAUAAACAUACAUGGAAAGUUAGACUCUUGCAAGAUGUAUGGAGUUAAUGAUACUUUAGAAGACUGUGAAUCCUGGGUAUAUAAUACUAAUUAUUUCACAUCAUCAAGGGGAAUUGAAUGGCACUUUGUUUGCAGUCGACGAUGGAUGGGUGCUGCUGCCCAGACAGCAUAUAUGAUUGGCGUUAUUGUAGGCUCUAUAGUUCUUGGCCGGUUAUGUGACAGGCAUGGAAGAAAAUCCGUAUUUGUUUGGUCCGGAAUCCUACAACUAGUCUUCGGGGCAUCGGUGGCCUUCGCAAAUGAUUACUAUACAUUUAUAGCAAUAAGAUUCCUUUAUGGAAUUUUCGGUUCUGGUUCAUACAUAGCUGGAUUUGUACUUACGAUGGAACUGGUAGGACCCAGCCGACGAACAAUUUGCGGAGUGACUUUCCAAAUCAUGUUCGCAGUUGGGAUAAUGGUAUUGGCAGCAUGGGGAUAUGUCAUAGACAACAGAUUUUAUUUACAAAUCCUAUAUGCCCUUCAUGCUGCUAUAUUGCUACCCCAUUGGUUUUUAAUGGAUGAAUCGCCAAGAUGGCUUUGGGCACAAGGCCGGGCUCGUGAAUCAGUAGCUAUUAUAGAAAAAGCUUUAAAGAUGAAUGGAUCCACGGAAACGGUGGAGACAUCUGUACUAGUCUCUCAAUGCAAGGCUACAUGUGCCAAAUAUUCAGAUGAUGAAUCUAGUGGAACGUGUGAUCUUUUUAAAACACCAAAUAUGUUAAAGAAAACAUUAAUUAUAUGUGGUUGCUGGUUCGCUAAUUCUGUUGUGUAUUAUGGACUAUCAUUAAAUGCUGGUAAACUAAACGGAAAUCCUUAUUUCAUAUUAUUCCUGAUGGGCGUAGUUGAGAUGCCAAGCUAUGUUAUUAUAACAUAUUUCUUAGAUCGAGUUGGGCAUAGGGCUCUCAUCAGUGUGAUGAUGCUAUUGGGUGGAGUUUCUUGUUUGGUGGUAGUUGCUCUCCCACACGGAUCUACAUCAGCCACAGGCGUCGUGAUGGUUGGCAAACUUUUUAUAUCUGGCUCAUAUUCUAUUAUUUACAAGUAUUCAGCUGAAUUAUUUCCGACAGUGGUGCGGAGUUCGGGAGUUGGAUUAGGCAGUAUGAGCGCAAGCGUAUCCGGUGCGUUGACACCCCUCAUUAGUCUACUCGAUUCAUUGAACCCAAAAAUUCCUACCAUAAUUUUUGGAUUUUUGGCUUUAUUGUCUGGAUUUUCCACUUUCUUUUUACCCGAGACUAUGGGCCGUACUCUUCCUCAAUCUAUUGAAGAUGGAGAAAAAUUUGGUGUAGGCGACACAUGUUUCACCAACUGCAGUGGCAGAAGAAUGAGCAACACGUCUGUAGAUCUUCCAGAAACUAUGAUUCCUCUCGAUAUAACCGUUAAGAAAUCUUAAUUAGGUACAAGUGCCAUAUUUACAUGCAUACAUAGUAGUUAUAAGAUGACAUGGUGGUAAAUA